GUUAAAGGGUUGGGUUAAUCUAGACGGAUUCAGCUGGUAAAAGUUUCUCGUGCGGUUUUCUCUGCGCGAAAUGUAGGGAAUGCACGCAGGGGAAAUUGAAUAAUCGUUAAAAAAAGAUAAUAAUGUUCGUCUGAAAACGGCGAAAUAUGCGUUAAACGGCAGUCAAGCUCUAAUCGCUAGUUUUGUGUUUUUGUUUUCAGACUGUAGCCACGAUGACUCCCAACUAGCUAUCGGGCUAAACACUCCGAAAUGGACUUGGUUCUGCGUGUCAGUGCGAAUCCCGACUCGGAAUUUAGGAUGAAGCCGAAGUUCAAUCGGUCCGGAAUUGAUUCGGAUUAACGAUGCUCUCCAGAAAGAAGAGUAAAAACGAAGCGUCCAAGCCACCCGAAGUUCAGGGCAAAUAUGUGAAGAAAGAAACUUCCCCGCUGCUGAGAAAUUUGAUGCCCUCAUUUAUCCGGCAUCCAACAUUUCUUCGGCGUGAGACACCAUUGGUGGAGCCGGUUCCAGCCGGGGUGUCUGGUGCAGGUCCAUAUUCCUCUGGUUCUUUAGGGGAUGUCAGUACCCCCAAUAGUUUCCUGCGGAAUGUACCUCCGCGGACGCCUCUUGAGGUCUUACGAAGGGAAAGUCAUCGGCUGUCUGCCCCACCGCACCUUCAUAGCGAUUACUCCCCUUCCUCACCGUCCUUCAUCAGCGAUGCUGGUUCGGUAACGGAGAAUGGAGACGGCGGCCCAUAUUACUACCCUCCAGAGCCGUACUACAAUAACCAACCCAGACAAGCACGCAGGCCAGACCACUUUAAUGAAAACUACAGGUACUAUGAACUAAACUACUCGCGAAAUCCUCCUCAGCCCCAGACGCCCCAGCCUUACAGUCGCCCACCCCCAGCAAUCGGCCGUGUGCCAGCAAAGUCUGUUGGUAAUCUGACGACUAUGAGUGGGGAGGACGUAGCCCUUCCUCCAGGCUGGACCGUGGAUUGGACAGUCCGAGGCAGGAAGUAUUUCAUCGAUCACAACACAAACACUACUCAUUGGAGCCACCCUUUGGAGAGGGAGGGGCUUCCACCGGGCUGGGAGAGGGUGGAGUCUGCUGAGUUUGGAGUGUAUUAUGUUGACCACAUUAACAAACGUGCCCAGUACAGACACCCAUGCGCACCCAGUGUUCCAAGAUAUGACCAACCCCCUCCCCCGCCAGUCACCUAUCAACCCCGCCCACCAGAACGCAAUCAGGCUGUGCUUGUACCAGCAAACCCAUAUCACACAGCCGAGAUCCCAGACUGGCUGCAGGUGUAUGCCAGAGCCCCGCUUAAGUAUGACCACAUCCUGAAGUGGGACCUCUUCCAGCUGAUGGACCUGGACACUUAUCAGGGGAUGCUGAAGCUGCUCUUCAUGAAGGAGCUGGAGUGUAUCGUGAAAUCCUAUGAAGCGUAUCGACAAGCGCUGCUCACUGAACUCGACACUCGUAAACAACGGCAGCAGUGGUUCGCACAACAGCCAACCAAAAACUUUCCUUAGAACAUGUGACUCAUCUGAGACACACCCAAACUCUAGUUCUAUUCGUGCCUUGGCUGCUGAUGCAGACACUCAAUCGCUCCCCCAAACGGCACCAGGGAGACAUAAACAAGCCCAAAAAAGACACUCAACAAGCCUGUUGGGAACUUCACACUAUUACUCCGCUGUGCGUUAUGAGUCUGUGCUUGGUUUUGGCUGUGUGUUUGUGUGUUGUGAAUAUGUUGCGAGCAUGUGUGUCUUUGUGCAUAUGCUUGCCUGCAGGCAGCUGUGGGUAAUGUCAGGCCUCACUCUUUCAACAUUGUCUAUAUGGACAAUCACAUCUAUCAGUUAUCAGUGUAUUCUGUUUAAUCAGAUUUGCAUUUAUAGUUUGGUUUUUAGAGCAAAUCUGAUGGCUACAUGUCCAGGUCUGAGGAAUCCGACUUUGUGGGAUUCCCCUGUUAAGUUUUGGGUGGAUUCCUUUUUAAGGAUUUGGUUUGUUAUUUAAACAUUAAAUGUUUUUAGUCACUUUUGAUGAUGAAAUGAUAGAGCCUGCUGCAUUUGGAUUUGUUAAACUGGGUAUUGGGGAUAACAAUGACAUUUGUAAAAUUUAUUUUGAGCAGGAACACAAAAUAAACCAGGACGUUGAAUUGUUCCACCGUGCCUGAAAUCUAAAUAUGCAUACUUCCCUACUAAAUAGUAUGCCAAAAGCAGUAUGUCAAUUGGGUAGUAUGUCCAAAUCCUCACUAUUCAUGAAAGAGUAGGCUACCCAGAUGACCUACUACAGCCGGCAAUGUUCUGGAGUGCACAUCCACUGGACAAUUUACUAUCCCAUAAUCCUGCGGGAGCUGAAGAGACAUCAAAUUCAAUAUGAUGAAUUUUAAAAAAGAAGAACUGCAAUUGGAUUUCAGCUGCUACAUUUAAGUGCUACAUAUACCAAGAAAAUUGUACUUGUUUUUCAAAACCAGAGGUCAUUCUCUUUGCUUUUGUCUCUUUGCCUGUUUUAAAGAUAUUUACGGGUUUCAAUUUUAUAAUGAAAUUCUAUCUAAUUUAAUUGUUUAAUGAUUCACAACACGAGAUUAAUACAGCUUAAAAUAAUUACAUUUAUUUUAUUAAAGAUUUAACAAUUAAAUUUGAUGGAAUUUUAUGACGUUGAAAUGCGUAAAUGUUUAAAAAAAAAAAUUACAAAUUUGGACUACGUUUGGGUCACAGGACGAUUCCCAUGUUCACGUAUGUUUAACAGCCUGAUUUAAGCAAAAUGUGUGAUACCAUAAUUUUGGCAUUUUAUUAAAAAGAAAGCUUGGCAAGCAGA